AUGGAGGAGCUGGCAGAGCAUGGUGUUUCCCUGCCUUAUAACAUGCAAGGACUGACAGAUGAGCAAAUCGAAGAACUGAAGUUAAAGGAUGAAUGGGCAGAGAAGUGUGUACCAAGUGGCGGAAGUGUCUUCAAGAAGGACGAAAUUGGGCGAAGAAAUGGGCAUGCUCCAAAUGAAAAAAUGCAGCAAGUUAUAAAGAAGACAAUAGAGGAAGCCAAGGCAUUAAUCUCUAGGAAACAAGUUCAGGCCAAUGUGUGUGUUACCAUGGAGAUGGUGAAAGAUGCACUGGACCAGCUCCGAGGGGCUGUGAUGAUUGUGUAUCCGAUGGGAUUGCCUCCACAUGAUCCGGUUAGGAUGGAGUUUGAAGAUAAAGAAGACUUGUCGGGAACUCAUGCUGGACUUGAAGUUAUAGAAGAAUCAGAAGCACAACUAUGGUGGGCAGGAAAGGAGUUGAAAGAAACAAAGUUGCUGUCUGACUACGUAGGCAAAAAUGAGAAAACAACGAUCAUCGUCAAGAUACAGAAAAAAGGACAAGGAGCUCCAGGGCGUGAACCUCCGAUUAGUCAUGAAGAGCAAAAACAGAUGAUGCUGUAUUACUACAGGAAGCAGGAGGAACUUAAGAAACUGGAAGAGGAUGAUGACGACUCAUUUCUAAAUGCUGAGUGGGCAGACAACCAUGCUUUGAAAAGGCAAUUUCAUGGUGUAAAAGACAUCAAAUGGGGGCCAAGAUGAAGCUCUGCAAACACCUUUUUGCCUCUUUAAGGUGUUCAGUCAAUACACUUGUUUGCAAUGAGGAGUUGUAUUGUGUGCGGUAGGUUCUUCUGACAAAAGCUGAAACUGUCACUUCUGUAGCAGAUGCCUGUUUCAGCCUUAGGUUUUCAGUAAAUGUUUGUAUUUCUGUGUAACUGUUGCAGCACUUGUCUCUGCAAAGAACAGAAUCAAUCUUGUUGAAGUUUGUUAUUUUCUUAGAAACUUGUAAUUUGAAUAUUGAGAUAUUAAACUAUUUCAUAGAUAAUAUGUCUAGUAAAUAUGCACUAGAA